AUGUCUUUGUUAUCAGAUCGGCAGAGGGAAGAGCUACACAAGUCUCUUCUCGAUUACUUGGAAUCUUCCGGUUACGCAGACAGCGCACGCGCUCUCAGGCGUGAUCUACAGCUCGAGGAUAUAGUCCUAGACUCGAAAGCCAAAUACGCAGGCCUGCUUGAGAAGAAGUGGACGUCUGUCAUUAGAUUACAGAGGAAGGUGGUUGAACUUGAAUCUAGAAACGCACAACUAAAUGCAGAACUCUCAUCGCCCGCUAUGGCAACUAAAAGGCCCAAGUCUGUACACUUUUUACCUUCUGCACCAAAGCACACACUAUCUGGACACAGAUCGGCCGUCGUUUCAAUAUCCUUCCACCCAAAGUUCACCCUCAUUGCUUCAGGAUCCGACGACGCGUCUAUAAAGGUCUGGGACUGGGAUAGCGCAGAGUGCGAGCGCACACUCAGGGGGCACACCAAGGCCGUUCUUAGUUUAGAUUACGAUCAAAGUGGAAAUCUUCUCGCUAGUGCCUCUUCAGACACGUCUAUUAAGCUCUGGGAUGCUGCUGGCGAUUACGCGAAUAUCAAAACACUUUACGGACAUGACGAUAGUGUUAGCUGUGUGAGGUUCUUGGCCAACACUAACACUCUCAUAUCCUCGAGCAGAGACCAAUCUAUUAGGUUUUGGGAAAUUUCUAGUGGAUACUGCACCAGAACACUCAACCCGCAUUCAGAUUGGAUCAGAGGGAUUAUACCGACGGAUGACGGGAAAACCUUGGCUACGGCCUCUUCUGAUCAGACCUCCGUGAUCGUUGACAUACCUACAGGUAACACAAUCGGUGAACUGAGAGGACACGAGCAUGUAAUUGAAUGCGUCGCAUGGGCGCCAACAUCUUCAUACCAGAACAUUUCUCAACUUAUAUCAGAAAACAGCAGCGCAAUUGAUAAAAGUGAUUCAAAUGACAGCAACAGGUUUUUGGCUACUGGAUCACGUGAUAAAACAAUAAAACUUUGGGACGCUAGCACAAACCAAUGCGUUUAUACCUUUAACGGACACGAUAGUUGGGUAAAGAGCAUAAUGUUUCACCCUGCUGGUACACACCUGCUGUCGUCAUCCGAAGACAAAUCAAUCAAGAUUUGGGAUCUAACUACAGGAAGAUGCACUCGUACUAUCGAGGACGCGCAUAAGAAUUUCAUAAAUAGCUUAACAUGGGGACGACAAACGAUGCCCGAUAACGCCAAUUUGAAUAGGAGGUUUAGCAUGCCACAACCACCUCUGCGCUCGAUGAGUGGUGGCGAUGUUCUCAGAAGUGUUCAACAGCAGGCCCAGAGUAUAUCACGACCAUUGAACGUCAUUGCUUCGGCCAGUUCUGACACGACUAUAAAGAUAUGGACGCCGUGA